CCGCGCUCUGCUGACGAGAGGAGGGGGUUUGGGGAAGGGGGUGAGAGGAGAGAGGUGACGUUUCGUCUGGUGUCGUGAGGUUCGUUCAUAUACAGGCACAAGGCGCACACUGACAUCGUAUCAGCCCGUCGCCCUCUUUUUCUUCAUCCACUCGUUCCCUUCUUCUUUUUGGCGUAUCGCCAAACUCAUGUUAGUGACUUCUUUUUCCUCCCAAAAUCGGUUUAAUCGCGCUCGCUCUAUUGCGGAUCGAAUAGGAUAAUCAUUAAUCGAAAACCUGACAGACUUCUGCCAUCCAUCGAAUAGAAACGGGAGCCACGAUGUGCAGCUUCCACUUCCUCCUCAGCUUCGCCCUCUUCCUUUCCCUAGCUCUCAGCGCAAGCGACGCCGUCGCUGCGGCACACCAUAUCGACCGUCGUCAGGUUCAUCUCGGAGCGCGACAGACUCCGGGCCAGGAAGAGACCAGAACCAGAGGUACUUGUACGCAGAUGAGCAACAAAUGUAACUUGACAGGACGAGAUGCUCAGGUCUGCCCGGCGGACUACAACAGAUGUCCCUUCGACGGUGCAUCGUGUGUUCUAAUUGAGCCAAAAGGGGACUCCAGCCGCAAGCCUGAGGUGCGCUGCGGCUAUCUGGGCAGUACACGUUCGUGA